CUGCAACUCCUGCAUUACUUUUACAUUGUAGUUCACGCCAAAAAUAGUGAACUAUGCGGCCACCCAGAGGUGGCGGUUUUAGGGGAGGAAGAGACGGGGGCCGGGGUGGCAGAGGUGGCCGUGGUCGUGGCGGUGGCCGUGGUGGGGGUGGUGGGUUCCGUGACGAGGGGCCUCCUUCUGAAGUCGUCGAAAUUUCUGCAUUUCUUCACGCCUGUGAGGGUGAUGCAGUGACAAAGCUCACCAAUGAGAAAAUACCGUACUUUAAUGCCCCAAUCUUUCUACAAAACAAGACCCAGAUAGGGAAAGUCGACGAAAUUUUUGGUCCCAUCAACGAAUCUUAUUUUUCCAUCAAGAUGAUGGAAGGCAUUGUAGCAACUUCGUAUUCUCCUGGGGACAAAUUCUACAUUGAUCCAAAUAAGCUCUUACCUCUUGCCAGAUUUCUUCCUCAACCAAAGGGACAGGCACAAGCUGCUGCAAGAGGUGGUCGUGGGGGAGGCAGAGGCGGUGGUAGAGGUGGGGGCCGUGGAGGUGGUGGCUUUCGAGGCAGGGGUGGUCCAAGAGGUGGCAGAGGUAGACCUCCUAGAGGUGGCCGUGGUGGUGGAUUUAGGGGCAGAGGGAGGUUUUAGGAGAACUGUGUUAUAUUAUUGGUGCUUUUCUCUUUCGAAGUUUUCAAUGCAAGGUGCAACAGACAAAAAGCCACCUGUAUUUGGGUACUAAUUUGAAUGUUGUUAAUGAAGCCAUUUUUGUUGCACCUC